GGAGGGGGGAGAGUUCCAGAGGAGAAAGGGUGGAGGAGAAAUUAGAUGAUAAUAGGAAUAACACAGUAUCCCCUUGUUAGGGCUCAUGCACCCACACCUGAGGGUAUUCCUUGCUCUAGAAGAAUAAUUUGGAGGAUUGUCGGCUGCUCGGCUGUCUCAAAGGAAUUCCAUAGUGAUUGAUAAGGGCACUGUCGUAUGUUCUACUUUAUUCUGAAAACGGACGGAUUGUUUAUCUCAUAUUGGGAUUGUGCUGUUUAAUAUACGUUUCUCAGAAUUCGAAAAGUAUUGGGGAAUUCCGUGGCCGAGCUGUGAUUCUAUUUUCCUGUACCACGGUGUGUACAGCAGCCUAUCCCCUCAUCUUCUGCGUCUGCCUUUCCUCUACACCCAACCUCGGCCAUCUCCCCCUCAGUCUCCAGUUCCAACUUGGUUCUCCAGUCCUCCACUCCCAGCGAUCAGCCAGCAUGUCCCGGGUGGCAAAGUACCGGCGUCAGGUGAGCGAAGAUCCAGACAUUGAUAACUUGCUGUCCACGUUAUCCCCCGAGGAGAUGGAGCAGCUGCAGAAGGAGCUGGACGCUGGGGACCCGGACGCCGGGGUGUCUGCUGGGUUGCGCAGGGACCAGACUGAGAGGGCGUCCAGUCAGAGGGAGGCAGAGAAAGAGAGCAAGAGACUGGCUCAGGCACAGCUAGCAUCUGAAAGUGGAAAAUCUUCUGAAAAUGUGAAAGAAGAGAAAAAAGGGGAAGAAAAGGCAAAAGAAUCUCGUACGCCAGGUUCAUCCCCGACAAAAAAAAAGGAGGAUGCAAAAGACACCAAAUCAAAUGUAAAAAAAGACUUAGACAAACCAAAGGAUGAACGGGUCAGCAAAAUGAGAGAGAGAUUCAGGCAAGAAAAAAACAAUAGUGCUGCAGACAAGGACAUGGUAGAGAGGACGCCACCUAAAAAGCUUGAUCUAGAAAAGAAUACGAAACAAACAGGAAAGGAGAAAGCAGAAAAGGUCAAAACUGAGGAGAAAAUAGAGAAAGUUGUUGAAAAGAUAGAAAAGAAGGCAGUCCCAGAGGUGCAAGCUGAAAAUAAACUGUCCAAAAAAAUAAUUUCAGACAAGCCUUCUGAGAAAAUUUCAGACAAGUCUUCUGAGAAAAUUUCAGACAAGCCCUCUGAGAAAAAAGAUAAAUUAGACAGUGUCAAAGUCAAUAAAAAAAUACCACAGGAAAAACAACCAACUGAGCAAGAUAAGAAUGAUUUACAAACAACAGAGCAAAUAAAAGCUGAAAAUGGAGCUAAGAAUUCUGCAGAGGAAAACAAAGACGAUGAGUCAAAUAGUAUCUUCGAUGAACUUAUAGAGAAAGUGAAAAAUAAUGAAGCAGGAAUGACAGAGCUGAACCUGAACAAUUCAGACUGUAUUACCAUUGAGACACUAAUGUGUUUUACAGAGGCCCUUGAGUUCAACACGGUUGUUAAAACCUUUUCCUUGGCUAAUACUCGAGCUGAUGACCAUAUUGCUUUGGCCAUUGCUGCCAUGUUGAAGUCCAAUAAGACCAUUAUUAGCAUUAAUCUAGACUCCAACCACAUCACAGGCAAGGGCAUAUUAGCAAUCUUCAGAGCACUACAGCACAAUGACACACUGACAGAACUCCGUUUUCACAACCAGCGCCACAUAUGUGGUGGAAAAACCGAGAUGGAAAUAGCAAAAAUAUUGAAAGAGAACACUACUCUGUUAAAGCUCGGCUACCACUUUGAGCUUGCAGGACCCCGCAUGACUGUCACCAAUUUGUUGAGUCGCAACAUGGACAAGCAAAGGCAGCGCAGAAUGGCAGAGCAGAAAGCUUUAAAAGAGGCAGAGAACAAGAAAAACUGCUUGGAAGUGCCCAAAGUCAUCCCCCCUCCAAAGGGCCCCCCAAAAUCAAUGUCAAAGACAGCCACCAACAGCUCUCAAAAGAGCACACCCAAAAAGGGAGGAGUGCCCAUCCCACCCCCUCCACCCCCACCAAUGGCUCCCCUGGCUCCACCGCUUUUUAAUGAAAAUAUUAGGAAUUCUUUGUCUCCUGCGUCUCAACGAAGGAUAGUAGAGAAGGCAGGGCCUGCAGAGAGAAACUCCAGAGAUCAGCUGCUGGAAUCCAUUAGGUCCACUACUAUCAAACAGCUUAAAAAGGUGGAAGUGCCAAAAUGGCUGAAGUAAAAAAUAAAUAAAAAAAAUGACGGCUUGCCAGAAGAAAUGUUACUUCUCGUGCUGAACAACCUAAAUGUAUAAAGUUGUCUUUUAAACCCACAUCCGUUUUAUUGCAGCAAUUAUUCAGAUUGCUUCUUAGGGUCCAACUGCAGCCUUAACUAGCCAACAAUUCUAAUGAAAGCCUUUGUAUUAUAUUAGUGUGACUGAUCAUCUUUUUACAUAUCCAUGAUGGCAACAUUUUCGUAUAAUGGACACAUGCUGGGAGUCCAACAAUGUGGUUUACAUGUCAGAUCUGGGAUCAAGAAGAGAUCAGUGAAAAAUGGGAAUCUGUUAGUCACUUUUUCAAGGCAACGUGCAAUGUAUGUUUCACAACUGCAUAAGCCUGAAACCCCUUUUGAAGGUCUCUCUGGACUUCUGAUAACUGACUGAUGUCACAAUCUCCAUACAGUUGUCAGCUGAAUAUAUGGAUUUUUGUACACUGUUAAAUCCACAAUAAACAGUAAAACACAUAAAAUUGUUACAAAACAAACAUAGUGGCAGAUGUACUAAACCCAGGAGACUGAUAAAGUGGAGAGAGAUAAACUAACAACCAAUCAGCUCCUGGCGUUUUUGAAACAGCCUGUAACAUGACAGUUGGGAGCUGAUUGGUUGGUACUUUAUCUCUCUCCACUUCAUCACACUCCAAGGCUUAGUACAUUUCCUUGUCACUUAGUGCAUUAAGCACUUUUCUCUGUUACCCUCUCCACUGUGAACUGGUUAACAGAUACAUGGCAUGAAAGCUGUGUGAGAACAUAUAGAUGGGUACUGAGUAUCACUGUUAUUUAAAAUGCUAAAUUCGCACAGAUAUAUAUAUAUAUUUUUGACUGACUGUAAAUCUAUUGUGAAAAGGAUUGUUUUAGGAGCUUAAUAAACAUUACAAAUGCA